CCGUAGCGCGCCGCGCCGCGGGCAGUGAUGGGGAGUGUAGGCGGAAGAGGGCGCUGAGAGCGGCGGGAGGGAGUUUUGAGGGGUCCCCGGGAUGAAGCCCCCCCCUCAGCCCAGCGCCAUGGAUGCCCUGCACGAGGCCGGGAUCCGCAUGGCCGAGGCCCUGCAGGCCGGGCCGCCCUGGCUGGAGCAGUUCUGGCUCUUCCUGACCUCCCACUUGGAUCCCAAUUCCAUCUACACCGUCUGCUUCCCGCUGGCCCGCGGGCUGGAUGACCACGUGUCCGUGAUGGUUCUCUGGAUCGCCCUCGUGGCCGAGUGGCUCAACGUGGUCCUCAAAUGGUUCCUGUUCGGGGAGCGCCCGUACUGGUGGAUCCACGAGUCGGGGCUCUCCAGCCGGGAGCAGCUCCCGCUGCGCCAGUUCCCGGCCAGCUGCGAAACGGGACCGGGGAGCCCCUCGGGCCACUGCAUGAUCCUGGGGGCGGCCCUGUGGCCGAUUGUCACCGCGCUGACCAACGAAGUGUCCAGGUGCACCCGGCGCCGCGUGCUGAGGCUGAUCCCAUUCCUUGUCUACAUCCUCUUACUGGUGGCCAUGGGGCUCUCCCGGAUCUUCGUCCUGGCCCACUUCCCCCAUCAGGUGGUCACCGGCUCCCUGGCAGGGAUGGCUCUGGGCUGGGGGCUGCAGCGCUGGCCCCCCAACUUCCUCAAGUACCGCUUCUUCCUGGCGGCGGCGCUGGGGCUGCUCCUGAGCGCGCUGGCCCUGCACGGGCUGGCCACGGCCGCGGGGCUCGACCUCGACUGGUCGAUCCGCCGCGCCGGUGCCCGGUGCUCGGACCCGUCGUGGCUGCGGCCGGAGACGCGGCCCUGGGCCUCGCUGUGCCGGGUGGGCGGCAGCGCGCUGGGGCUGGCCCUGGCCGCCAGGCACCCCCUGAGCCGCCGCGCCGCCGAGGAGCUGCAGGGGCUGGAGCCGCCGCUGGGCAGCGCCGCGCUGGGGCUGCUGGCCCUGGACGUGCUGCACAAGCUGCCCAAGAGCGAGGACACGGCCCUGUGGUACCUGAACGUGGGCGCCCGCUACACCCUGGGGCCCGUGCUCGUGUGCUCCCUGCUGCCCCAGCUCAUCCUCACCCUCCGGCGGCUCCGGGGAACCCCCUAGAUCCGCCCCACAUGCCGAGCAGGGGGCCCUGCUCUGGUCCCCAGUUCAUCCUCACCUGUCCCGGGGACGCCCAAAUUGAGUAGGGGGUUUCUGCUCUGUUCCCGGUUCGUUGUCGCACUCCUUUUCCCCAGGGACCCCGGAACUGAGUAGGGGGUCCCCACUCUUGUCCCAGUUAUCCUCAGUUAUCCCAGUUAUCCCAGUUAUCCUUCCCCAGGGAUCCCCAAAUUGAGUAGGGGGUUUCUGCUCUGUUCCCGGUUCGUUCUCGCACUCCUUUUCCCCAGGGACCCCAGGGACCCUGGAACUGAGUAGGGGGUCCCCACUCUUGUCCCAGUUAUCCUCAGUUAUCCCAGUUACCCUUCCCCAGGGAUCCCCAAAUUGAGUAGGGGGUUUCUGCUCUGUUCCCGGUUCACUGUCACACUCCUUUCCCCCGGGACCCCCAAACCGAGCAGUUGUCCCAGUUCAUCCUCGCCCUCACCCGCCCCAGGGACCCCCUCCCCACCCGCUCCGGGUGAGGGGUCUCUGCCCGCCCUCCCCUGCUCCCGGGGGCUCCUCCUGAGCUGUGCCCGUUCCGGGGGGCUGAGCUGGGGGUGCCCCGUGCCCGGCGGCUCUGGGGACACAGCACAGGGACAGUCCCGGCCCGGGGGGCACUGAGCUGCCACCGCCCCCCCCCCCAGCGGCCCCCAGUUCUCCCCUCCCCUCUGCAGCAGGGUGGGGGCACGCCCCCAGCCGCGACCCCCUCGUACCUCGCUGUGGGUAGGGUCACCCCGUUUCGAACCAAAUAAAGCACCAAAACCAA